AGCACUCCGCGCCCCGGCUGCGCCUGACGGGGUCCUCCUCCGCGCCCUGGCGAAAGCUCCGCUCGCCGAGCAUGGCGGCGUUGGUGGCGGCGGCAGCGGGGGCUCCGUGAGGCUGCAGCCGGCGGGGGGUGCCGCCCUCCCUUUCUCCCAGCCCGCCGAGAGGCUGCGCAAGGCGAUGGAAACCUAGCAGCGCCGCCGCCGCCGCGGCCACCACACCCACCCCAGCCAGCGCGUCCGUCCGGGAAGAUGGAGCUGGGGGGCGCCCACUUCCAGCAGGCCCCGUCCGGCGGCGGGGGUCCCUGCCCGGAGAUGUUGCAAGUGGCCGAGGAGGCUUUCCGAGGUGGGCAGUUCGCGCUGGCGGCCGAGAUCCUCGCCUCGCAGCUGGCCGAGCUGCCUCAGCCCGAGCGAGGCCUGUGCCUCCGCCAGGGGGAUGCGCUGGCCCGCGCGGGACGCAUGGCCGAGGCGCUGGAGUCCUACAGCGCGGCCGCCGGGCUGGCCCGGCUGCGGCCCGAGGAGCUGCGGGAGCUGGCCGAGAGCUUCGCCCUCACCCUCCGCGAGAAAGAGCUGCGGCUGCCGCCCUGGCCGGGGCCCGAGGGGGCCGACCCACUGGGGGACCCCGCCUGCUGCCGCCCGCCCGAGCUCCUGGGCUGCCCUUCGUGUCUGCGGCUGCUCUGCGAGCCGGUCACUCUGCACUGCGGGCACACCCACUGCAAGCGCUGCGCCCUCAACGGCGGAGGGGAGUGCGCCCCUUGCGCAGCCCGCCGCUCGGGCCCGGGCUCCGGCGCGGCGGCCCAACCGCCCGCCAGCCUCCGCGCCAACGUGGUCCUGGGCAGCUGGCUGGAGAAGUGGUUCCCGGACGAGAGCCGAGCGCGCCGGCUGUGCGCCGAAGGGGACGCGGCGUGGGAGAGGCAAGAGCUGGCGGCCGCGCUGGAGAAGUACAACCAGGCCCUGGAACUCGGCCUCCAAAGAAGCCAACCAUGUCUCACUGGUAAGAGCACGAGUCCAGGAGCACCUCAAAGGCAUCAGCCCGAGCGAGGCCUGUGCCUGCGCCAGGGGGAUGCGCUGGCCCGCGCGGGACGCAUGGCCGAGGCGCUGGAGUCCUACAGCGCGGCCGCCGGGCUGGCCCGGCUGCGGCCCGAGGAGCUGCGGGAGCUGGCCGAGAGCUUCGCCCUCACCCUCCGCGAGAAAGAGCUGCGGCUGCCGCCCUGGCCGGGGCCCGAGGGGGCCGACCCACUGGGGGACCCCGCCUGCUGCCGCCCGCCCGAGCUCCUGGGCUGCCCUUCGUGUCUGCGGCUGCUCUGCGAGCCGGUGACUCUGCACUGCGGGCACACCCACUGCAAGCGCUGCGCCCUCAACGGCGGAGGGGAGUGCGCCCCUUGCGCAGCCCGCCGCUCGGGCCCGGGCUCCGGCGCGGCGGCCCAACCGCCCGCCAGCCUCCGCGCCAACGUGGUCCUGGGCAGCUGGCUGGAGAAGUGGUUCCCGGACGAGAGCCGAGCGCGCCGGCUGUGCGCCGAAGGGGACGCGGCGUGGGAGAGGCAAGAGCUGGCGGCCGCGCUGGAGAAGUACAACCAGGCCCUGGAACUCGCUUCCUGUAAAUGUUCAUUAAUAGCACAACGGGCAGAACUGUGUACAGCUAUGAAGAAUUAUCAGCAAGCCCUUUAUGAUGCGGAGGCCCUCUGCCGAAAUAAGCCCCACUGGCCUAAGGGCCAUUAUGUGAAAGCACAAGCUCUUUCUGGAUUAGGAAGGAUUGAAGAAGCAUUGAAGGAGUUUCUUUAUUGUGUUGCCUUAAAUCCUGAAUGGAGCUCAAUGAAGAUGGAAGCCCAAAAGAUAAUGUGUGAGAUGUUUUUUCCAGCCUUUGAAAAUGUGCACGAUACUCUAACAACUCCUUUUUGCAAUCGUACCUCUUAUACAAGGCUGAAGCCUGCGUUUCUAAGUAGCAUAAAUACCCAGUCUUCUACAGAGGAUGGGCUAACUGAAGAGAGCUCAAAGGAGACUGUCUUGCGGUUAACAAAAACCCCGUCCCAGGAUACUGAUGUCUUUCGAAAUACUGAUUCUUCUGUUUCCCAACAUAUACUAGAUGUGUAUUUUGAAGAUAAAAAAACUCUGGGAACAGUACUCUCUAAUCUACCUGGUGCAAGCUUAAAAAGAAAGUUCUCUAGUGAUGUGGGAGAUUUACAGAAUUUAGAUGUCCCUAGCAAAAUUCCUAGAAAAGAUGGGAAUACUACCUGUGCAAACUCCACCACUCUUCCCUUAAAAGUGAUACCUGCAAACCUCGUCGAUGCAUCUGACUUUGAGUGUUCCCUCUGUAUGAGGUUAUUUUAUGAGCCUGUAGCUACUCGUUGUGGACACACAUUCUGCCUCAAAUGCCUUGAACGUUGUAUGGACCAUAAUCCUCACUGUCCACUGUGCAAGGAAGAGCUCUCUGAGUUUUUGGCAAGCAGAACUUAUAAAAAAACCAUCCUUACUGAAGAGUUAAUAGUUCGUUAUUUGCCAGACGAGUUGUCUGAAAGGAGGAAAGUUUAUGAGGAAGAAAUGAAGGAAUUAUCAAAUUUGAAUAAAGAUGUUCCUAUCUUUGUGUGCACCAUGGCUUUACCUACCAUCCCCUGCCCCCUUCACGUCUUUGAACCUCGCUAUCGGUUAAUGAUAAGAAGAUGCAUGGAAACUGGUACCAAGCAGUUCGGCAUGUGUUUAGCAGAUGAGCUGAAAGGCUUUGCCGAUUAUGGCUGCAUGCUAGAGGUCAGGGAUGUAAAGUUCUUCCCCGAUGGCCGCUCAGUUGUUGAUACAGUUGGCGUUCGGCGUUUCAGAGUCUUGAGCCAUGGUCAACGAGAUGGGUAUAAUACUGCAAACAUUGAAUAUCUGGAAGAUAAAAAGGUUGAAGGAGCAGAGUAUGAAGAACUUGUCCGCCUUCAUGAUUCCGUGUAUGAUCAAGCUGUCGCCUGGUUUACUUCUCUUAAGGACAAUAUGAAAGCCCAGAUUUUAAACCACUUUGGAUCAAUGCCAGGGAAAGAACCUGAGCCACAGAGCAGUCCCAGUGGUCCGGCUUGGUCUUGGUGGCUAUUAGCCGUAUUACCACUAGAGAACAGGGCCCAGUUGGCCAUUCUUGCCAUGACUUCGCUGAAAGACCGGCUUAUUGCUAUACGACGUGUAUUAAUAUUUGUGACGCGCAAAAGACCCAGAUGACAUCGCCUUAUCUGUGACCCACUUGUUGCAAAUGCAAGAAAGAAAGAAGAUAUCAAACAAUUAUUCCUACUAAUGACAGUGAUCUGCUCAUCUCGGCAUGCACCAUCGUUUGCACUCUCUAUCCAGUAGUUAAGCACUCAGUGCCUAUUGUCCUAAAGAAAUCUGAGCCUCUUGGAAGUUGUGCCACAAUUACAACAUAGCUAACAGUACGGUUGUAGGCAACAGCUCAAAAAUACCCCAAUUGUCUACUUGUUACAGUGAGACAAGCAAGUUAGGAGCCCUACGUUGUCACAAAGCCCUAAAUGAGGUUUCAACUUAGUAGCAAUGACACAAACUCAGAACAGUAGAUUAGGAACUGGGGGGGAAAUGCAUUAUUAGAAUAUGCCUGAUAGCAAACUGAAGGGAAAUUCCUCAGACUGAAGGAAGAAUGGCAACCGAAUGAGCAGAACAGUCUUUCCAUCUGCAGCCUCUUGACUAAAUGAUUGAUGUAUGAAGUGAACUGGGAUUUUCCUGAUCAAAAUAUUCCCUUCAGAGGAUUUGUCUGUCCAGAAGAGCAGCUGCUGAAGAGCAGUGUGGCUAGUAGAACAAGUUAAUCUCUUGUGUUUUGUAAUUUGCAUGCUGUGUGUAAUAGGAAGAAUGUUUAAAAUAUAUAUAUAUAUAUAUUAUUCUCU